AUGCGCCGUCUCCUCCCCCUGCGACCGGCUGCUGUGGCCUUUGCCGGGUCUGCUCGUCACUCUUCCGUGGCAAUGCAGGACAAGCACCCGAAGCUGCCGAACUUCGACGACGACACGACCUACCGCCAGCGCUCGGCAUGGUACUUGAUAAAGGCGUUGGUGGUUCUUCGCCUGUGCAGUGUGAGCUAUUUGGCCAUGAACUCGGUGCCGCUGAUGAAGAAAGUGGAGAAGAUCCUUGGCAGCAAGCUUACCUACAGCGUCCUCGUCAAGAAGUCCUUCUACAACUACUUCUGCGCGGGCGAGAAUGACCAGGAGCUGCGCGACACGGUGUACAAGCUUUCCCGCAACAACAUCGGCGCUGUACUCGACUACGCGGCGGAGGCCGGCACGGAGGGCUUCGCACCGGAGCCGGGUGUGGCGUCUGGCCCCGAUAUUUCGAUGUCUAGUCUCGUUACGAAGCCUAAUGUUCAGUACCCAAUGGACGAGGGGUUCUUUAACGAGAACAUGAAACUCUACAUGAUGAGCGUCAUGCACGCCUCGCUGUACAGCCCGCGAAACGCCGCCGGUGUAACCGCUGUUAAGGUGACAGGCAUGUGCGACCCUCAGCUGCUUGCACGCGUAUCGGCGCUGCUCAUGUCCGUCCACCAGAGCUGGUGCAAGCACUUCACGAACGAGGAGUCGCUGAAGCUAGAGGAGUGCCGCAUCGUCAUGGGUGUGAAUCGCAAGCACCAGCUAUUCAUCACCUACGACCAGCUGCGUGCCGGUUUCGAGAAGUACAACCCCUCUAACAAGCUGUCGGAUGCCCAGCUCAAGGAGAUUACAGAGGUCCUGGACCCCCGCAAGACGGGCAAGGUGAACUACUUUGAGUACAAGGAGAUGCUGACGAAUGCCCUCAUCGCCGUGGAGCCGACGCCAGUGCAGAAGGCGCUUAUCGAGGGACUGCCGCAGAUGAGUGCAAAGGAGAAAGAGCUGUGGAAAAACGUCAACAACCGACUCUCGUUGAUCGCCUCCAUGGCGAAGGAGCUCAAUGUCCGCAUGCUUGUCGACGCGGAGCAGACUUUUUAUCAGCUGGCCAUCGACGCGAUCGUGGCAACCCUACAGAAGACCUACAACACGGAGCUGCCGGUGGUGUACGACACAUACCAGUGCUACCUGACGUACGCAGAGGACCGCAUUGACAAUGACCUUGUUCGCGCUCGCCACAUGAACUUCCACUGGGGCGGCAAGAUCGUGCGCGGCGCCUACAUUGUGCAAGAGCGCGCGACGGCGGCCCAGUACGGCUACACUAGCCCCAUCUGGUCUACCUACGAGGAGACGAACAAGUGCUACAAUGCCGCCGCGAAGCGCAUCUUCGACACCUUCGAGGCGCAGCCAACGAAGAAGCACGAGGUCUUCUUUGGCACCCACAACAAGGAGUCUCUAGAGAUUAUCACGGCCAGCGUCUUGAAACGGCCGGGUAUCCAGUCUCGCGUCUCCUUUGGACAGCUGUUUGGGAUGCGCGACAACCUGACGGUGCCCCUUGCCCGCGCCGGCUUCCAGGUCUAUAAGUACGUGCCCUACGGCCCCGUGAAGGAGACGAUCCACUACCUCGGCCGCCGCGCCGUGGAGAACUCGUCGAUCUUGACGACCGGCGACAACGAGACGGUGAUGAUGAUCAAGGAGCUGAAGCGCCGCUGCGGUUUUUAA